AUGUCACUACCUUUCGACUCCACAAAAAACAGCUGUAACAUUUGCUGCUGUACGCUUCUGAGCAAAAUCUUAAUCAUAGUUUUUAUGGUCUUGCUGAUCAUCGCCAUCCUUUUUGGAAAUUCGGUGACUCUUGCAGUUUUCCUGGGUAGCAAGCACUUCCGAAGCCCACAGGGGUACCUCAAAGCCUCUUUGGCCGUAGCCGAUCUCGCCGUUGGUGUUUUCGUGGUGCCCUUUUCUGUGUAUGCGGAGAUUACCCUCCUGCUAAAGGAGAACCGGGCCAUCUCUUUCGGAGACACUUUCCAGCUUUGUACUUUCAUCGGUCCGCUGUUUGCCGGCUGCACGCUUGUGUCGAUCAGCACCAUAUUUCUGUUAACCAUUGAGCGCACCAUGGCGAUCGUGAAGCCGCUGCACAAGGGAGCGGUCAUUACAAGAAAACGGACAGUGGUGCUCAUUUUCUUGUCUUGGCUAUGCAGUUUCUCUCUGGCGAUGUCGCCCAUGCUUUUCAGCGAGGGGAUCGAGUUGGAGUACAACUCUUGCAGUAGGAUGUGUAACUACGCCGUCGGGGUUCGGUCCCGGUCUGACACCGGCUGGAAUGUCCUUUUACUCUUCCCGGCCUUUGACUUUACCCUCCUGGGAAGUACAAUUGUCAUCAACAUACUCUCAUUAACAACAAUCCGACAGCAUUCCCAGAGAAGGCAGUUUUUGGCACAACCGGAGUUUCAUAGUAAAGUCAGCAGACCGUCGUUUUCCGAUAUUAAAGCGGCAAAGACAAUAGGAACACUGACGGUGGCUUUCACCGUUUCUUUUACCCCGAUCGCAGUUUUCGUAGUGGGGAAUGUCAUCGGAAACGAAUGGUGCAUCUUCUCUUUCUUUGCCUUUUGGAUUCUGACCACCAAUAGUUGCUGGAAUGUGAUCAUCUAUAGCGUUAGGGAUCAGAAAUUUAGACACAGAGCUCACCAACUCAUGAUGGUCAGCUUUAUGAGGAAAGACUCUAAAGAGUUAACUGAUACCUCUGAGCGGCAGAAGUGACAGGUGAGAAGACCACCUAGACAUUGCGUACCGGUCUAGAACAG